CAUAUGUGUCCCAGCCCUCCCUCCCUCUCUCCUCACCAGCCAAGUAAACUCCCUCUCUUCCCCCCAGCGCGCUACUGUCAGUUCAGGUCGGAGGACAAGCCACUCGACCUGCCGCCGGUGCGUUUCCCCGUGGACUUUGUCACUUCGCCGCAAUACGGAAGCCGGGCUCCGACGGGCUCUCUCGCCCCCCUCGUCCUCGGCAAUCUAAAGGAGUGCAGAGCCAGUGUGGAGGGGGAGUGGAGUGGACCAUGCCAGUGCGGGGAGGAAAGCUGCCUCUCUGCCUGCGGAGCCACACUAGUGCGCUCCCACUUCUACUAAUCGGACUCCUCUGGUUGGAAACGCCGGUGCACGGCAACAUAUUAGACAGCAUGCUGCUCCGAGCGUCCAGUGCGGACGCGACGGCACUGGACGGCGGGAAGGAGAACAGCGGAAGCGUGUCCACGACUUCCUCGUCGCAGACACUGAUUUGGUGUCACUGCUACCACCACUGUCCGGAAGACUCGACCAACAACACAUGCAGGACUGACGGCUACUGUUUUACCAUGGUGGAGGACGACGGGGGCAUCCCAGUGUUGACUGCUGGUUGUCUUGGGCUUGCCGGCUCCGAGUUUCAGUGCCGAGAGACAUGGAACUCCCGUCAAAGGAGGUCACUUGAAUGCUGCACAGAUCAAGAUUACUGCAAUCGAAACCUUCAUCCCACUCUGCCGCCUCUCAAGCCACCUCUAUAUGUUGAUGGGAAGAUCCACCACAUGGCUUUGUUGAUCUCAGUCACAGUCUGCACUAUCAUUCUUGCUGUUAUCAUUCUCUUCUGUUACAUAAGGUAUAAGCGUCAAAUAUCCCGUCCUCGCUACACUAUCGGCCUGGAGCAGGAUGAGACCUACCUUCCACCCGGAGAGUCACUGAAAGACCUGAUAGAGCAGUCGCAAAGCUCUGGUUCAGGCUCAGGGCUCCCUCUGUUGGUGCAGAGGACGAUCGCCAAACAGAUCCAAAUGGUGAAGCAGAUCGGUAAAGGCCGCUACGGCGAGGUGUGGAUGGGCCGCUGGCGUGGCGAGAAAGUAGCUGUCAAAGUCUUCUUCACCACCGAGGAAGCCAGCUGGUUCCGCGAGACCGAGAUCUACCAGACGGUCCUCAUGAGGCAUGACAACAUCCUCGGUAAAGACGCAAAUCUUGAAUUAAGCGGUGGUCAAAGUUGUAACGGUGCCGUGGCUUCAGGAUUCAUCGCGGCGGACAUUAAAGGCACGGGCUCGUGGACGCAGCUGUAUCUGAUCACCGACUACCACGAGAGCGGCUCGCUGUACGACUACCUCAAGUCUACCACGCUGGACAGCAAGGCUAUGCUGCGCCUGGCGUACUCGUCCGUGUCGGGCCUUUGCCACCUCCACACAGAGAUCUUCGGCACACAGGGCAAGCCCGCCAUCGCCCACCGAGACCUGAAGAGCAAGAACAUCCUGGUUAAGAGGAACGGCGCCUGCUGCGUCGCUGAUUUGGGGCUCGCUGUCAAGUUCAUCAGCGACACUAACGAGGUGGACAUCCCACCCAACACCCGAGUGGGCACCAAGCGGUACAUGCCUCCGGAGGUUCUGGACGAAACCCUGAACAGGAGUCACUUCCAGUCAUACAUCAUGGCCGACAUGUACAGUUUCGGACUCAUCCUGUGGGAGAUCGCCCGUCGUUGCGUGUCGGGAGGCAUCCUGGAGGAGUACCAGCUGCCCUACCACGACCUGGUCCCGACUGACCCUUCGUACGAAGACAUGAGAGAGGUGGUGUGCAUCAAGAAACUACGGCCCUCCUUCCCGAAUCGGUGGAGCAGCGAUGAGUGUUUGCGUCAGAUGGGAAAGCUGAUGAGCGAGUGCUGGGCUCACAAUCCGGCGUCCCGUCUCACGGCUCUGAGGGUGAAAAAGACGCUCGCCAAGAUGUCUGAAUCGCAGGACAUCAAAUUGUGAAGAUGGAGCUUCACGCGUGUAAAAAUCCAGUGCUUUCUGUGAAAGCUUAGCUUCAGCGCGAGCGGGAAUGCGUCCUUUGAAAAUGGACGUGGCCAAGAACACGGACUGGCACUAUGUGAUAACGUGUACUGUCAGGCUUUAAAUCUAUUUUUCUUCAUGAUGGUUGAAUUUGUCGAGUGUUCAAAUGUGUUUUCUUCUCCCUGUCACGGUUCAUGUAUUUUCCAUGUAAAUCUAAUUAAAACUAUU